AUGGACAGAAGARUUCACCUGAUGGCCUGGGCAGCUGCCUGUCCUGAGCUCUGCAUUUGUCUGAUUGCUGCCUUCUGUCUCCUCCUGAGCAGGUUCGAGAAGGGCCGGAUUUACACCUUCAUCGGGGAGGUGGUUGUGUCCAUGAACCCCUACAAGAACCUCAACAUCUACGGGCGGGACACCAUCGAGCAGUACAAGGGCAGGGAGCUCUACGAGCGGCCUCCCCACCUCUUUGCCAUCGCCGAUGCCGCUUACAAAGCCAUGAAGAGACGAUCCAAAGACACCUGCAUUGUCAUCUCAGGUGAAAGCGGGGCUGGGAAAACUGAGGCCAGUAAAUACAUUAUGCAGUACAUAGCAGCCAUCACCAACCCCGGGCAGAGGGCUGAGGUGGAGAGAGUGAAGAACAUCCUGCUGAAAUCCAACUGCGUGUUGGAGGCCUUCGGUAACGCCAAAACGAACCGCAAUGACAAUUCCAGCCGCUUUGGAAAAUACAUGGACAUCAACUUCGAUUUCAAGGGAGACCCCAUCGGUGGGCACAUCAAUAAUUACCUGCUGGAAAAGUCCCGUGUGAUCRUACAGCAACCCGGGGAACGAAGCUUCCACUCCUUCUACCAGCUCCUGCAGGGAGGUUCUGAGCAGCUCCUGCGUUCUCUGCAUCUCCAGAAGGAUACAUCAGCCUACAGCUACAUCUGCCCUGGGGCACAGCUCAAGUGUUCCAUCAACGAUGGGGCUGAGUUCAAGGCGGUCGCUGACGCCAUGAAAGUGAUUGGCUUCAAGCAGGAGGAGAUCCAGACUGUCUACAAAAUUGUGGCUGCCAUUCUGCACCUGGGGAACCUGAAGUUCUCGGUGGAUGGAGACACUCCCAUCAUCGAGAAUGGGAAGGUGGUGUCAGUCAUUGCUGAGCUCCUGUCCACCAAGGCCGAGCUGGUGGAGAAGGCGCUGCUGUUCCGCACGGUGGCCACGGGCAGGGACGUCAUCGACAAGCAGCACACGGAGCAGGAGGCCACCUACGGCAGGGAUGCCUUUGCCAAGGCCAUCUACGAGCGUCUCUUCUGCUGGAUCGUCACCCACAUCAACGAUGUCAUCGAGGUGAAGAACUAUGACACCACAGUGCACGGCAAGAACACGGUCAUUGGGGUCCUGGAUAUCUACGGCUUUGAGAUAUUUGACAAUAACAGCUUUGAGCAAUUCUGCAUUAAUUACUGCAAUGAAAAACUGCAGCAGCUCUUCAUUCAGCUGGUUCUAAAGCAGGAGCAGGAGGAGUACCAGCGAGAGGGAAUUCCCUGGAAGCAUAUCGAUUAUUUUAACAACCAGGUCAUCGUGGACCUGGUGGAGCARCAGCACAAAGGGAUCAUUGCCAUUCUGGACGACGCCUGCAUGAACGUGGGCAAAGUCACAGAUGAGAUGUUCCUCGAGGCCCUCAACAACAAACUGGGCAAACACGCGCACUUCUCCAGCAGGAAGCUUUGUGCAACGGACAAAACGCUGGAGUUCGACAGAGACUUCCGGAUCAAGCACUACGCCGGGGAUGUGAUUUAUUCAGUCACUGGAUUUAUUGACAAAAACAAGGACACUUUAUUUCAAGACUUCAAACGCCUCAUGUACAACAGCUCCAACCCUGUGUUGAAGAUGAUGUGGCCUGAGGGGAAACUGAGCAUCACCGAGGUCACCAAGAGGCCUCUGACAGCGGCGACUCUGUUCAAGAACUCCAUGAUUGCACUGGUGGACAACCUGGCACUGAAGGAGCCCUAYUAUGUGCGCUGCAUCAAACCCAAYGACAAGAAGUCUCCSCAGCUCUUCGACGAGGAGCGCUGCCGGCACCAGGUCGAGUACCUGGGGCUGCUGGAGAACGUGCGGGUGCGCCGGGCCGGCUUCGCCUACCGCCAGACCUACGAGAAGUUCCUGCACAGGUACAAGAUGAUCUCAGAAUUCACCUGGCCCAACCAUGACCUGCCCUCGGACAAGGACGCAGUGAGGAAACUCAUCGAGUGCCAUGGCUUCCAGCACGACGUGGCCUACGGCAAGACCAAGCUCUUCAUCCGCACACCACGGACCCUGUUCACCCUGGAGGAGCUGCAUGCCAAGAUGCUCGUCAGGAUUGUCCUCUUCCUGCAGAAGGAAGGACUCGGAGGGUGUCUCUGGCAGCUCCAGGCUGUGGGGCUGAGCCAGGGCUCAUUUUGUGGCAGGUGGAGAGCGGCCGAGCUCAUCCGGAGCGUCCCCCCGGAGCUGCUGCCUCAGCUGAGGGCCAAGGUGGCUGCCAUGGAGCUGCUGAAGGGCCACAGGGCUGACAUCGGCCUCCAGAGAGCCUGGCAGGGCAACUACAUUGCCCUGGUGAGUGCAGGGGAGCGGGCCUUGCGGGGCUGGAAGGAGAAGCGCACUCUGCACGUCAGUGUCACCAACCCGGUGCAGUGCAGCCUGCACGGCAGGAAAUGCACCGUCUCCGUGGAGACCAAGAUCAACCAAGCCCAGCCGGACUUCACCAAGCACCGCUCCGGCUUCGUGCUCUGCGUGCCGGGCAAUUAA